CUCGGAAGCAACUUCCACUUCCGGAUGGAUGCAUAAUAGAUGAACCCUCCAUUGAUCGCCAGAAUAUUUGAGUCUAACAUGGAUACAGACAAGGAAAAAGUUGAUGACUGGCGUGUUGAAUGCAGUGAUGACGACGAGAGGUACAAACCUGCACCAAUUGCAGGCCAAUGGGAACCAGAUCCCAAAGACAUUUUAAAACUCUAUGAAAAGCUAUCUAAAGGCGAGGAGUUAACUAUGGAAUGGACGAUUCCACCAAGAAGGUCUCCAUCCCCUCUUGAGAAAGAUUUGGACAUGGAAGUUGCGGAUACUGAUUCUGAAUCUCCCACACAACAUGACAAACCUGCAGCUCCAACAGAAUUUGACUUUGAUGACGAUUUUGGAGACGGAGGCUUAGAAAAGAUAACACCAAGGAAAACACCAGGCACAAAGACUCCAAGAAGUACAAAGCGUGUCGCAAGAUUUGAUCAAAUAUUUAGUAGUGUAGUAAUGGAAAAGAAGAAUCAAUUGAAGGCUAAAGACAAUUCAACACCACAGAGGCCUACUGAGAAAACAAAGGCAAGGACGUUAGCUACAGAAUGAGGAGGGGAGGCACAUAGCCAGGCUCUUGUUAGGAGGGGGGCAGCUUUGAAAAAAUUCCA